UCCGCGUUGCACGCCACACGCUGCACUCGCGAAUUCCGCUCGGCACGUCAGCCAUGGUGUCUGUGGGCGCUUGGAGACGCCGCUCCCCCGACGAAUGCGAGGAGCGUUCAGAGCCCGGCGCCUCCAGCUCCGGCAUACCCCGCGCGCCGCCCAACUGCGCCCGUUGCCGCAACCACCGGCUCAAAAUCGAGCUGAAAGGCCACAAGCGGUACUGCAAGUAUCGGUAUUGCACCUGCGAGAAGUGCCGGCUCACGGCGGACAGGCAGCGAGUGAUGGCCAUGCAGACGGCCCUGCGACGUGCGCAGGCGCAGGACGAGGCACGCGCGCGGGCCCACGACGGCCUGCCUCCGCCGGGAGUGGAGCUGGACAGGCCCGAGCCUCCCGUGGUGAAAGCCCCUCGCAGCCCAGUGAUUCCGCCGCCCCCGAGGUCGCUAGGGUCGGGAAGUUCAGUGGACUCAGUUCCGGGCUCACCGGGAGUGUCGCCAUACGCUCCGCCACCACAUUCUAUCCCGCCGCCGCCGUCGAUGCCGCCGCUCAUCCCUCCACAGCAGCCCGCCGUGUCACUAGAAUCACUAGUAGAAAAUUGUCACAAGUUAUUAGAGAAAUUUCACUAUUCCUGGGAGAUGAUGCCAUUGGUCCUUGUCAUCCUCAACUAUGCGGGGAGCGAUUUAGAAGAAGCUUCGCGGAAGAUCGACGAAGCUCAGUUGGUGGUCCGCCAAUGGCAACUUUACGAACGGUCGCUGUGUUCGUGGCUGGAGCUACAAGCACGCAAGCGUUCGUAUGGCGUCUGCUGCUCACCUCAUUAUGUCUUCACUCCGGAUUACCAGCACCUUCUGCCGCUACCGUUGGGGGCACGGCAUUCACCCCCGCCGGCGCACUUGUAGCAUCACGUACCGGCACCGCACCAAGCGGUGCCCCAUCCCACCGAAGCAUCGUCGACGUCUACUUCGGCGGCGGAAGGUGCCGACGAAUAAACAGACAUAUUAUUCAAUCAAGUGGGACGGACUAUCGUCAUUGUGUUAGAUCUGUCUAAGCGUCAUGUAUAUAAUAAGUGUUCGCGACACAAACCUACCAUAGCCUAACUUAAUAUUAUGUGCCACAGUUUACCCUAAAAGAGGGUAAUUCUUACGCACGCGCAACCAGGCGGGGUUUGUCCUGCAACGCCCCUGAUUAAAUAAAUAUUUACACAGCCAUAUCAAGUCGUGUCUGAGCACAUUAAUUCCCAUGCAGUAGGCAUAGUUUUAGCGGUAUAUAUCUGUGAUUUGUUUUUAAUUGGUUCGUGUGAAGAUCAAAUAUUAAAAAUAAGUAUAACCUUAAAAUAUGGACUUGAUUCCAUCCAAAAUUGAAAUUCCAUCACAAAUUCCGUCAAAUUUUUGUGAUAUAACUAUUAUCUGGUAUAAUUGGUUGGUUUUGAGAUCUCAUUAGGGAGUUUGUUUUACUUAUAAAUUGUUUUCGUCUAAGAAUGUUACCUAGUCGAUAUUAAAAAAUUGAGACUUAACCCAGUGUUAAAGAGUAGAAAUUAACAUUAAAUUAAUUGCAUUGUGGUGUUAACUUAAGCGGUCAAUAAUAUAUUUUUGGGAUUUUUCUAUUGUCCAAAGUUAUAUUUUCUUUUUAAUAUUGUGUACUUGUCAAAAUGAGUAAUCGUAGAGGACCAUAACUGGUCGCAUGGAUAGAUUUCGAUAUAAUGUUCUUUUUAGCAUAUAGGUGUACAAAUUAUGUAUAUAUAUUUUAUAUAACCUACGUCCUGUUAUAAAGCUGUACUUUGUAAUCGCAUGAACGCUGUAUUCUCAGAUAAUAUCUAUUUAUAUAAACUGUUAAAUGUUAUACCCAGUUAUAACUACAAUAAAAUACUUUAAAACAAACUGAAAGCGCGGGAAUGUUAAUCGGUUUUUUUUUUAAUUUAGUCAAAGCAUAGGCAAAGAGCCUGACAGCUCCAUGCAAAAAUACACAAAAAUAUGUAAAUUUUUCAAUUUAUUCGAGCACAAGAGUACCUAAACCUCCUUUAAGUUUUUAUAAUAACAAAAUUAGUAAUCAAAUGUUACUGUCCUACAUUAGUAUAUAUUAUAUCUCGGAAAAAUAAAAUUCACUAUAUUAAUUUAUUUUGUACCUACUGUAUCAUACUGAAAUCAAACAUAUUCAAUGCAAAUAAAGUUUCUUCUUCUACUUUAGCCUUUCUCAACCUCUAAGGUAUAGGCCUCCUUCUGUUUAUGCCAUAUUUUCCGGUCUUGAGCAGUUUCCAACCACUUUGUUCCCGACAGUCUUUUGAUAUCGUCGUACCAACGCAUCUGCGUUCUUCCUCUCGGGCGUUUUUCACCCCACGAUAAACUCAAAUAAAGUUUAUCUAUCUUUAAUUUUGUGUGGUGUGGAGUAUAGUGGAUUCCCUUCAGAAAAACAAAAUUUCUUUAAUCGUCAUGCUAAAUUUCAUAUGACGGCGAUUAUACAGGAGUCCCGUAAGAAUGCCCCAAUGGUGGAGAUAGAGGGGGUACUGCUAGGAACAACAAAAUUUGUUGAACUAUACCUAGCGGUUCUCAAGCUAUGGUCAUAUUUUUUUUUUUUUAGAAAUUUUAAAUACAUAUUCUUACCCACACAAAAAUAAAACUUUGAAAAUAUAUUUUAAAUGUUUUAUUGAUAAGUGUGAAUACAUUAUCUUUCUAAUAAAAACACAACCCAGAGUCUGAGCAAAUCAGCAAAUAGAAACUAUAACAUAUUAAAUUUACAAAUUGUACAUGAGGGGCUUGAGACAAAGCUGAUAAAACUUUAUGUGUAAUUAUAAUGUUGUUCUACACCUUACUUAGUUUAUGGUCCAACCGUCACCAAAUUGUUAACUUACGGCCGUUUUCAAUGACCUAUCUAUCAUUAGUUUAACUUACUAGAGGUAGACAAAUCUAUCCUUUUACGCUUACUUACAUUUCAAUAACCUAUCGACAGAUAGCAUUCGAGUUUAACUAACAAUAUAACUAUAUCGGAUAUAACUAUGGAUAGACAAGUCAAGUCAUUAAACGGUGAUAGCAAUCUAUCCGUAACUAGAGAUACGUUAUUGAAAGCGGCCGUUAAAGGUACGACGGGUUAGGAUCGCUGGGGCGUUAUCUCUGGACGCACGGGUACGGAUCGCGAAUCCUCCAUAUAAUAAAGAACAAAUAAACAUUAUACAUAUUAUAUUGAAUAAUACUAUUUUUAAUCCUUUUGGUAAAUAUUUACUACUUUCCUUCUACUGUCAGUAAUUAGCUGUCAAUUAUCUGAAGCUGUUCCAAUAUACCCGAUAAGUCAUUCUUAUCGCCUUAUAUUGGGACGCGUGAAUUGCAAUUUCCAUACAAACUUUAUAUCGCUGGUAAGCUAUACGUCGUCCCAUUGACUUGAUUAGCCUGUACGGAUAAGGUGAGUUACCGUCGAUAAGUUUAUUGGCACAGAAAAGCCAGCCAUAGUAACGAUUUUUAUCUCAAGUAAGAGAUAGACUGAAUAUUGGGAACGGCCGUUAGUAACGUUAUUAUGUAAUUAAAUGCAAUUUUAAGAGGAGACCCCGAAAAUGCGUACUUGUAUACUCGCGUAUAGAUUCAUGUAUACACAAUUCCUAAAAAUUAGCAGUCUUCGUCUUAGCAGAUACAAGAUAAUAUAUUUUUAAAUGAUCUGACCCUAUUAUGUUGAUGCAUGUUAAUUAUAAUGAAACGGCCGAAUGAAAAAUGCGAUGUACGGCCUCAGGGAAAUGGCCUUAAAUGAUAAAAUUGUUAUUAAUUAUUAAUGCCAUGUUUUUUGCCAGUGAAACACCAAACAUCCAUCCAUCUAUCAAAUAUUAAAAUACAGAGUUAUUAUUGCAUUAUAUAAAUUUAGAUUAGAUAAAGAUUUUCUUUAUUAAAUUUCCAUAAUACAUGGUGUAAACGGCAUCUAAAAUUAUUGAAACAAUUUGCACGGACUCUUCAUAGUCAUCCUAGCGAAACUCUCUAAGAUAAAAGCAAUUCACUCGAUUGUAUGAAACGUAUAAUCAUUAUUACAUUGUCAGAUGACGGCUAUAAUCUUGUAAAAAACGGAGAUAGCCGAAAUUCACUAUGUUUUAAGCAACUGUUCGCUUUCAAACUUAGCUGGCCUAUACUUUGUCGCCCAAUUGUAAUUACUAUUUCAAAUUUAUGUCAGAUUACGUUUAUACUAUACUAAAUUUCAAUUUUUACUUUGGCAGUCUCGCCUCUUAUUACGUAGUAUUAACAUACUCUUUGCUAAUAUUGAACAGACUAUAUUAUAAAAAUGACAUGUCAGCCUUUUUUGUGAGUAAUGACGUCAAACUCAUGUAUAAACUUCAAAAUAUGCUAUUAAAUCCUUAUUGAAUAGUCUCAAUUCCCAUUUGCAAAUAAACGCCUCAGACCUGAUAAUUUUAAAUAAAUUUUAGUUAGGAUUAAGGAUUGGUCUCCGCAGCGAUCCAAUUAGAUUCCGCACUACCUAAGAGCAAUAGCUUUUUAUUAUGGCAACUAUUAGAUGCUUGUGUGCGUGGCAUCUUGACACUUAAUGGCAUCUUUAAAAUUUUAUAACAUACGCUUCGUGUUAUAUUACAUUGGAAUCAAUAAAAUAUAAAAUACUUACUGACCAUAUGUGAUACCAGUGUCUUUCUUAUUUCUUGUAGUAACUAGUUUUUAGUUAGUUUUACUUCGCAACCCGGCAUUUUAGUUUCAAUUAUUAGCAUAGUUCAACAGAACAUGUGGCACGUCAGCGUUACACAUUGUUCGAGACUAGCUCAUGUACGCUCAUUUGGGCGUAGUAAAAUUUGUCGCACUUAGCGACUACGCCUGCGGUAUCUAGUUGGAACUCAGCGGAGACCAAUCCUUAAUCUAAGAAAAUUUACUUUAACAUAGCCUGCGGUCGGUCGAUCCAUUCCAUAUUAACCAUUUAUCCUUUACCACACAAACGUUUUCUAACAAUACUUGAUUUUCAAACAUAAUUCUUUUGUAAAUUAAAUGUUUGUUCAUCGCCCAACAAAAGACUUGCCUACUAACUCGACUUAACCAAGUAGUAGGCAUAACAAGUGUUUCUAAAAAUUAUUACUAAUGUACCUCUGCACAUAAUAUAUCAUUUUUUUUUAUGACAACAAAUGACAAGAUGAACAGGACGUUCAGAUGAUAGUAAUUGAUACGCCCUGGCCGCUUAGGAUUCUUGAAAAAUCCAAACAUUCUGAGUGGCACUACAAUUGUGCUCGUCUCCUUGAGACAUAAGAUAAGUCUCGUUUGCCCAGUAAAUUCACUAGCUACGGCGCUCUUCAGACCGAAACACACAUAACUGCUUCACGGCAGAAAUAGGCGCCGUUGUGGUACUAACAAUCUAGCCGGCAUCCUGUGCAAAGGAGCCUCCCACUGGUUUCACAUUUUCUAUAUCAUCUCUUAAAUAUACUGGAAGGCAAUAGUUUAUUAUAUAUUCAUUACAUUAUAUUUUCUCUGAAUAGCAUGCGGGCUAUCUCUUGUGCAAUACAAUUGGACGUAGUUCCUGAAACACGUUCCAAGCCACAAACAUCACGUUUUAAGGAAUUCGUGUUUAAAGUUUCAUAAAUAUUAGUGUAAGUAUUCUAUACAUGUGGGUCGGGCUACUAAGUCAUGAUGUCAUUUAAAGAGUGACAGUGACCAGUUUUGUGUUCUUAACUCAAUUUCGACAUGAUUGUGGUUUGGAACGUUUUUCUGGAAUUACGUCCAAAUAUAGUAUAGUAUCAGCUGCCCCAUACAAAAUAAUACAAACAAUACCUUAAUAUUACAAUGUAUACAUACUUAUAUUAUAAUUAUGAUUGAGUCCUAAAUCCUAAUUAAUAAGGUUUCGUAAGUAAUAACAUUUUAUAUUAUAUUGUAAAUAUAACGUUUCCACGUGUCCAAUGUACCAUCACUAAUCUAUGUGAUAUUCAAGUAAUUUUCCAUUUUGUCCAUUAAUAAUAGUGUAGAUAUUUUUACAAAUUAGUUGUAAAUUGAUAAGCCAAAGUUUUCUAUGUUAAAUCAAUUGUCGAAUUACAAUAUUAUUAUGUAAAGUAAAUGCACUUUUGUUAUGUUAUUACCAUUGGCGUACAAUAAACAUCUAGUCUCCCACCUCGCUUAUUAAAAGGUCGACAAAAAUGUCCGAGUGGCGUUGUAUAUACGAAUAUUAUUUAAACAGAUAAUAUUAAAACAUUCAUUCAAAUUAACGCCUUAUUUCGUGGCAGUAAUGUUCAAAGUAUAUGAGACAAGCUGGACUUUUAUGAGCAAUUGAAAUGUAAUUAUUUAGCACAACGAUUAAAAACGUCAUGUUAGCUACACAAUUUUGUUAAUUCAAAGGGGCACUUACCUGAAAUACAACACUCAAACGAUACUCGUUUUUCAUUGAACAUCUUGUCAUUGCGUGGCGUUGUAUUCAAACACAACUGAACGAAAACUCUGCCUAAUAGACGCGUAGGCAGGAGUUUUGCUUCAGGCAAUUUUUGAGCGUUAUUGUGAGUCUAGUCGUUUAUUGUACAUUAAUGGUUCUUACGAACUACUAAGAAUCUCUUGUGAGGUUUUUAUCGGCAUGAUUUUCUUCUUUAUGUUACAUGUUAUUUUUGUUGUAAUAUUUAAGUUGUACCUAUUUUGAGAGAAAUAAUCAUAGAUAAUUGAAAAGAACAAGACACCACACUUGUUAAACAUUCAUACUCAAAAGAAAAUCUGUAUAUACGUCAUGUGUAUGAGUUUUAGCUUCAAAUCCGAUUCCCCAUCAUUUAUUGGUCGAGUUAUUAAAAGUAUAACCAUCUUUAAUAUAAACAAUUUGUUAUUUUAAAGUGAUAACCCUCAGUUCUGGGAUUACAUCACAACCUGAGAGUUGAACAAGAUAUACGAAAAUUUACGACCCAUGCGUACUCGAACGGUUGGCUCAGUUGGAAAGAGCACUCGGAAGGAACCCGAGAGGUCCCGGGUUGAAGUCCUCCAUGGUUCAUAAAUUUUUAUUACAAAUUUAAUUUUUAUCUUUAAUAUAAUUGUAAUUAUAUCCAAUUUUAUGUUUAAAUAUAUUAAUAAUAUUUUCGAAGUGUUUAAUGAAUUUAUUCUGAACUUUUUUUGGUAGCGGCAGACUGUCCAGUAAUUAAUUUUCUCUAAACUAAUUCCUCAAUUUCUUGAGUCAAGUGUAUGUCUUGUUCUUUUUUAGUCUUUGGUAAUUUAUUCAGUUGUACAUAGAUCUAGGUAUUAACACCGCGCGCGGGCAGGGAGGGAGACUCGUUGUAUUACGUGCGUGACGUGACAAAAAUGGCGGCCUGUCCACAACUUAGCGCGCGGGCUAUUUUAUAUCUCGUUUGACAGUAAUGUUUGUUUGUAUGAUAUUAUCUAUAUAUUUAUCAUUUAUAUAUUAUUUAUCAAGCAGAAAUCGAAAUAUAUUAGAGCGGUUACGGUUGUUAUGAUAUGAUUUUGUAAUAUUUGCAGUCAAACGAAGCAUUAUUACUUAAUGUAAACAAUUGUCGAUUCUCUUUGUAGACGGUCUGUCAGAAUAUAAUAUUGGUCGCGUCCGUGUCGCCCAACAUAAAAAUUUAUAAUAAAAGUAUAGGUAGGCAUAAAAAUCUAUAAUAUUUGUCCCCAAUGAUGUACAAUACUAUAAAAUACGAAAUUCAUAUGUCGUUUGUUCUGUGCGGCGAGCUAAAUGCUUCUUAAUUAGCCCGACUUAACUUAGCGAAGGUACGCCUUCAAACUCAAACAAUUUUUACUUAAAUAGGAACUCAGCCUUUCUCCCAUCAGACUCAUAAAGUCGAGAGUACCAUAGGGCUUCCAGACUCGCACCGACUCUUAACUCUUAAUGAACCAUAUUCCGAAGUCAUAUCAUGCUAGCUUAACUAGAAGGAUCCUUCGCCUUCUGCAAGUUGUCGAUUGGUUUUGAAUACCGAGAUAUUGCAGUAAACCCAGCUGAAAACUAAUAUCUCUCUUUAUGGGAUUUUGACCCCUGGCGACUAAGGCUGGAUUGCAUCACAUUAGCUGUUAUAGUUAAGGUUUAAGCCAAAUUUAACGUUUACAGUAACACUGACAUUAACAAUGAAAUUUUUAAAUCAAUAUCGCAUAUUUUAUUUGAAACUUUUGACAGGUCUUUAGCUAUUUAACAUUAACAAUAGCUUUAACCGGCAAAGAUUGGACGGUUAUGAUUAACAGUUAAAGUUAUGACGUCUUCUAAAAAUUGUCAAAUGGUGCAUCAAAAUUUUUUCUUAACCGGUACUUAACAAUGUUUGUUAAUGCUAAAGUUAGUUAGUGCAACCCGGCCUUAGAUUAUUACGGGAUCGCUCCAGAAGUCUGCGAAGACCCCAUGAGUGUUCUGAACUUCUUGAAUAAGCCGGCCUGGUUGGAAUGACUGGCCUUCACAGCCCGCAAAAUGGACCCAACUGAGUGGUUUAAUUGCCAAAACAGAAACCCCUCUACGAAUACCUAUACAUAUCUGUGGUUUAACCUCUUCAGUUCUUUGAGACGUUUCUUUCAAUUACUUCCUACAGCUCCAUCUAUGAGUCACUGUAGUAAUCAUCUAUGGGGAUUUUCAAUUAUGAAACAUUGAAAAUCAAUUCGUAAUAUGCGUUGUACCAUACUAAUUGUUAUUUUAGGUUUUCUGUAGUUGAGAUGAGAUUUUUUUUGCUUUGUAUUUUAUGUAUUACAUCUUGCCCUUUUCCAAUCUUCAGUAAAUUUAUUAAUGGCAGUCGCAUUAACAACUUAUUUGAAUCGCUCAUUGUAUUGUGUUUGAAAAUGUCGAUUGGUAUUGAUAGGCUAUUUAUUAAAAUAGGUUUUCGCAAUGAUUAUGCUGUGUUUACUUUACAUACCAAUAUUAUGGUACUAUACUAAUAACCUUAUUAUAGAAAUUUUAACAUUUUCAUAGGUGCCUAGGUACUUUGUAAAUAAAUCCUUCCAUUAAAAAAAUCAUACAUUACAAUUAUUGUUAUAAGUCACGGACUAGUAAAAAAAUAAGGACUCCGCGUCACCUUACAUAACAGAGCAGCACCAAAACAAGCCGAUUUACGUCUAAAUACAUAGCCCCACGCACACACAUACACUACUACAGGCCGAUAGGCGGCCAUUAUGAGAAUUGUCAUCGUCUGUGACAGAUCAGUUUGCGUCUCAAUAAAAUAUUUUAAAAGUGCCUUCGUGCGUUGUGAAAAAGUGUAAAAACGAUACUUUAUAAGUAAUUGUGGCCAUAUAUGAUUGUUUAAGGGCGAAAAAAUUGUGUAACUAGUAUCCCCCGUAACCGCACACACACUAGCAUAACGGUGCUUCACUUGCUAAUAUCACGGCGCUGAGUCCUUCUUUUUUUACUCGUCCGUGUUAUAAGUAUGUUAUUAAUGAGAUAUACAGUCCAUGACUGUGUAAUUUUAUUAUUAUUAAUUUAGAUCUUAAGAUACAUGGGUAUUACGAAUUACCUAUUGUCAAAUUCAUGUUUGUGAAUAGCAUUCAUUGUUUAUAUAAGGAGGGUAAAAGAAUUUGUUUCAAUUU